AUGGAGAGUACAUCGAGAGCUUUACAAAACGCAAUCGAUUACAUUCAUAUCGUUCCAUACGAAGUUUUAUCUGAUAAUGGAACAGAAUUUGUCGGCAGACUUUUCCAAGAUGUACUCAAAAGAAAUGGUAUAAAACACCACAGAACAGAGCCGUACAAUCCACAACUCAAUGGCAAAGUGGAGCGUU